AGAUAAAUCAGCAAUGUUUAUAAAUAUCCAAAUUCUUUCCUUCAAGUGUAGAACCAUGGACUUGAACUUCACAUUGAGUCCUCGUUUGAACAGCGAUUGGAUCGACUUUGUGUCUCUCUCAUAGUUUCAGUCCGUAAUCCAUCAACUCCACUGAAUGGGGUUCAUCGCUCAAGAUGUCUGGCAAUCCCUACGGUUGUCACAUUUGCCAAACGGUUCUUCUAACCAAAGUUGAUUUAGACAAGCAUCUGAGGCUCCACGCUCGCACGCCGGUCAGCUUUAAGAAGUCCGGGGGGGUUCGGCGCAAGCCAGGCCAUCCUGGCGUGCGGAACACGGGGAAUAGAGAGUUCAAAUGUAAAAUCUGUAAGGAUUACUUCUUAGAGGAAGCCACGCUUCAGCAUCACCUGAAAUUGGUUCAUAACAAAAAGGUGGGUGAGCUGUAUCAUUGUCAGAGAUGUCCGGCCGUUUUGUAUCACCGUGACGACUACAACGUCCACAUGCGCCUUCAUUCCAUCCCCGUGGCCAAUCUCGAAUCCAGGCCGGAGUCCAAGUUCGUGCCUCCCAAACCCAAGAAGGACCAAUUGCCCGCCAAGGGGCCUUAUGUUUGCACCUACUGCGGCAAGGUCCUCAAUUUCAGGUCUUCUCUAGUCAUUCAUGAGCGUACUCAACACGGCCAUGAUGGGGAUGGCGAGGACUUGGAACGACCCUAUGUCUGUGAAACGUGUGGUAAAGGCUUUACUUCCAAGGCGAAUAUGGAGCUACACAGUCGGAUUCAUAACCGCUCUCAACCUUUCCAUUGUGAUUCUUGCCAUGAAGGGUUCUUGACCCGCAAGGAGUUGAUGGCUCAUGCCAGAUCCCAUGACAAGGUCAUGAGUUUCAAGUGUCAAUAUUGUGGGAAAACAUUUGCUCACAAGAUCCCGAUGUUGAGACAUGAGCGAACUCACACGGGCGGGAAAAUGGACGUGUUUGAGUGCGGAUCUUGUGACAAACGCUACACGACAAAACACGCCCUGCUCUAUCACAUGGAAAAGCACGCCCAUAACUGGUGAUGGCAACUCGUAUUGAAUACUCACUUAUCAUCUCUCAACUGGAUGCAUUUGAAAAUACAUUUUUUUACUCACA